UAACCAUCUUAUCUUGUUUCUCGACCAUCCAACUUUAAAAGUCCAUACUUUAAAAAACAUUGUUCACUACUUUUCUUUUCCCUCUGCAAAAAUUUAAACAAACAAAACAAGAAAAAAUGGCUGCAGCCACCUGCUUCCAACGUUUAGGCUCACCAAGCUUUGUAAAUCUCCACAACCCAACAACAAGAAUAGCUGGAAUAAAGAGAAACAUAAUGUUGCCGACCGGAGGAGAAGCAUGGACUACCCGCGGGAGAACUGGGAUUAGGGUAGUGAAAUGCAGUGGUAUAGGAAUAGAGGAUUUUAUAGGAGGUGAUUUACUUAAGUUUGAUCUAGGACGUUGGCUAUCAGAUGUGGAAGAGCAUAAAGCCCUUGCUAUUUAUAGCCCUCAUGAGGGUGGCUAUGAGGGUCGUUACCUUAACCGUUUAAGGUACCAAGGCUACUACUUUCUAGACCUCUCUGCUCGUGGCCUCGGCGAUCCCGAAACCACCCUUACCAAGAUUCAUCCUGUUUGCCCUGCGCAUCUAGGGAAGCAGCCCAUAGCUAGGUGGUACUUUCCACCGGAAGUUGAUUAUAGACUCGCUGCUUUGCCCCCAGAUGCCAAAGGACUUGUAGUCUGGAUAAUUGAAGCUAAGGUUCUGUCCAAGGCUGAACUGCAGUUUCUGGCAUUGCUUCCGUCGCUUCGACCUAAAGUCAGGGUCAUAGCUGAAUGUGGAAACUGGAGAAAGUUUGUGUGGAAACCACUCAAAGAAAUUGCAGGGCUUACUCCAGAAAUGAAGCCUGAAACAUAAUAUGCCAGCAUUGUUGACCUUGUUGCUCAGCUGCAAUCUUUCCCUUUAAGUCAAAGGCCUAUCCUGCAAUUUUGGAGAAAAAGAUGAACUUGUAUGAAUCAUACUAGUGUCCUGCAACUUCCACAACAUUGUAAAGGGGUUAACAAUUGCCAAUGCAUAACCCAUUUAUAUAUCAAUCAUAUAAUUAUUUGAUUCCUUAAGUA